CAGUCCACAUUCAGACACGCCACCGCACGGUUCAACGUCGACGUCGUCUUCAUGACGUUCGUUAGUGUGCCAAACAUUAAAAUUCGUUGGCAAUUGAUCUAUUGAGAUUUUUCGACAGCCCUCCCUGCCAAGUUUCUAGUUCACUUGUGAUUUUUAAUCAAUGUGGGAUGACUCUUCAUUUAUGAGAAAAUAUGCUGUUGCAUACGGUGGACUUUGAGUGAUGAGACUAAUUAUUGGUGACAACCAGCUGUAGCCCGGAGAUAACAAUUAAAUUAAAAAAUAUCGACAUUCAAAAUUAGCUGAAUAAAUACUUAUCGUGAGAUGACGAGUGGUCCUCAUCAGUCCUCACAUGCGAGCCCAUCGCGAUCCAGUCUGAGUUGCUGUCAAGGUGGAGAUGACAAUAGCAGUUCAAAUGACGUUAGUGACAUACCAGAGUUAACGGACAACAACAACUACGUUGUUACUAAAAAACAUACGUUUCCAAAACGUCCGGAAAUUGAUCUCACAUUUAAAGAUGUUAAAUAUAGUGUUAAAACGUGGAAUCUACGGUAUUUGAAACGAGAAUCCAAGGAGAUUCUUCAUGGUGUCAGCGGGCAAUUUCGAGCUGGUGAACUGACAGCGAUAAUGGGUCCAUCGGGUGCUGGCAAAUCAACACUCCUUAAUGUUCUCGCUGGUUUUACUGUUCAAGGUGCAUCGGGUGAAAUUUUUGUCAAUGGUAAACGCCGCACACCGUACAGCGAACGAUGGAAGAGAACAUCGACUUAUAUACAACAGGACUCAUUACCGCGUACUAAAUUGACUGUUGGCGAGGCCAUGACACUUGCAGCCAAUCUCAAGCUGGGAUACACGAUUAGCUCUACAUUAAAACAUUCGCAGGUACUAGACCUGCUAGACAUGCUAGGACUAAACCACUGUUACGACACUCUUUGCGGGCGUCUAUCAGGUGGCCAGAAGAAACGCCUGGAUGUUGCAUUCGAACUCCUCAGCAAUCCCUCAGUAUUAUUUCUCGACGAGCCCACCACAGGUCUCGACUCGGCGUCGUGUAGCUCGUGUAUUGCAUUGCUCCAGAGAUUGGCUAGAAUUGAGAAGCGCACAGUGGUUUGUACGAUACACCAACCCAGUGCCCUGUUAUUCGAAAUGUUCGACUCACUUUAUGCCCUGGCCGAUGGUCACUGCAUAUAUCGCGGUCCAAUUUCAUCACUCUUACCACACUUGAUGUCGAUAGGUGUCUCAUGUCCAUCAUACCACAAUCCAGCUGAUUUUUUGAUUGAAGUUGCAAUUGGAGAUUAUGAGGUAACAGUUGAUAAACUCGCAAUGGCCGCCGAAGACAUGUGGCACGACAAUCAGGAAAUUUUGAUUAAAAAAAUUGAGCAGAAGGAAAAGAUGAUUGAAGCGCCUGUCACUGAGGAACCACCACCACCAGCUGGAUUUUUAGCUCAGUGCUAUUUACUUUAUAAAAGACAAUUACUCAGUCUGAGACGAGACUCAUCGUUGAUGAUAGUUAGACUUCUCUGUCAUCUGAUGAUUGGAAUAAUCUUUGGAUAUUUGUACAAAGGAAGUGGCUAUCGUGCUAACAGUGUUCUUGCCAAUUAUGUUUAUCUUUAUGGAUCACUUUUGCUCAUUGUUUACACUGGAAAAAUGGCUGUCACACUGGCAUUUCCCCUGGAAAUGCAGAUACUGACGAGGGAGCAUUUUAAUAGAUGGUACAAAUUGGGACCAUAUUACAUUAGUUUACUGCUGAUUGAGAUACCUUUUCAAGCUGCGUGUGCUGCAACUUAUUUGGUCGUAAGCUACUGGCUUACUGGACAACCGGUGGAGACACAGCGAAUUCUAUGUUUUAUGGCUGUCUGCAUUUCUGCCAGUUUGUGUGCACAGGCUUGGGGAUUUUUCAUUGGGGCUACAACACCUGUCAAGAUUGCUGUUUUCGCUGGUCCAGUGAUAGCAGUCCUAUUCUCCGUGUUCGGCUUCUGCAUUCGUUACAUGGACACCCCAGUAUACUUCCGUUGGAUAUUCCACAUAUCCUACUUCAGAGCUGGCUUCCACAGUCUUCUCUAUACGAUCUAUGGAUUCGAGAGGAAAGAACUAUAUUGCGAUGAAAUUUACUGUCAUUAUAAACGACCAUCGCAAUUCCUCAAGGAGAUGGAGAUCAAGGAUACUAAUGUCGUAAAUAAUCUCGUGCUUAUUGUCGGCAUGGGUGUACUGAUGCAUUUGUUAACAGCAAGUGCACUCUGGUGCAAACUUAACAGAAGAUCCCAGUGUCUAGAUUGUAAGAUGUUUUGGUUUAUAAAUAUAUCGAACGAUGUGACAAUUGGAGUGUUGUUCAUUUGUGAAAAUUACAUGGCAAGUACCAACAAAGGCCCCAAAUCGUCGACAGAGCCGUGUCAAUACGUGUGCGCUGCAUUUCGUGCGUUGAACCACCGUUCGCGAGAGAAUUAUCCCUCAGGGAUAUCUAUCCGCAGAUUCCUCCCACGACGGUACCACUCAAAUUCUAAUUCCGUGAGUCCCAGAUCCCCAGUAAUCCCCAGUCACUGGCUGUGUAAUCUCCUCAACAAACGUCCCCUUCAACAGUUAAUUAUCAAUGAACAACUGCGCAUAUGUAGGACAACUUUGGAGAUGUGGAUUAAUCUAUGUGCUGCCUUGAGAGAACAAAAAGAAAAGCCCAUGCAUCAAGAAUUCUGGUCGUCAGUCAGUGAGUUAAUUGUUGGUAACAGUGACAGUAACAAUUGCAUUAUGAAGAACUUCCCGGAGGAUUCGAUGGACUCACUCCAACGAUCUUUGAACCUGACCUUUGACGGAAUCUCUCAGAGUGUUAACACAGGCAUAUUGAGGAGAGAGAAACGUCAGCUGCUGCACAAUGUCAGUGGGGACUUCAGAGCUGGUGAAUUGACAGCUGUUAUGGGCCUUUCGGGCGCUGGCAAGUCUACCCUCAUGGAUAUUCUCGCUGGCUUCACAUUCCCGCAGAGUGGCCAUGUAUUUGUAAACAACAGUCCUCGUGAGCUAGCAGCAUUCAGAAGAACAUCAGCAUAUAUUAUGCAGGAUCAUUACUUAGAACCGUUACUAACCGUCGAGGAGACGAUGAAGGUUGCAGCUGAUCUGAAGCUCCGUUCGACCGAUGAGAACAAGUCUGAGAAGAUUGAACACAUUCUGGGUGCACUGGGCCUCGCCAAUUCCAAACAGACCAGAACAGGCAAUCUCAGUGGAGGACAGCGGAAGAGACUAACUAUUGCUCUUGAACUUCUGAAUAAUCCACCGUUCAUGUUGUUUGACGAGCCAACAAGUGGCCUUGAUACUGUUGCAUCUAAACAGUGUCUGAAUUUAUUGAAGGCAUUGGCACGCGAAGGACCACGCACGGUAAUUAUAACGAUACACCAACCUAGUGCAACCCUGUUGGACAUGAUCGAUCAUUUACACGUACUCGCUGAUGGCUCGUGCAUUUACACAGGUGGUACAAGAAAUCUGAUAUCCUAUCUAUCUGACCAUGGUCUCCAGUGUCCAACCCACUACAAUCCAGCUGAUUUUUUGAUGGAAAUAUGCAAUGGAGAUUACGGUGAUUACAAUAAAAUCCUCAGUCAGUCCAUUGAGAAUGGAAAGAGCAAUGCCUGGAGGUCACCGUCGGAGGCUAAGGUACAUUGGUCCUUUGAAGAUGGACUCAAUAUGGGACUCUACGAUGGAGAUAGUGUGGAUGAAAGAUCGACUUCUGGGUACUAUGCCACUGGGUUUCCGGGACAAUUCGGCGUGCUUUUUAGGAGAAAUUUCAUCAAACUUUCUAGGGAUAGGAUUCUCACGUUCACAAGACUCAGCAUGCAUUGCCUCAUAGCAAUUUUCAAAGGAUCGGUAUUUUACAACGUUGGUAUGGAUGCUGAAGAGGCUCGCAAUAACACUGGCCUACUAUUUAUGAGCCUCAUGUUUGUCAUGUUCAGUGCCUUCAGUGCGACUUUAAUUACUUUUCCCCUCAUACUGCCAAUCGUCGUGCGAGAACACUUCAAUCGAUGGUACAAACUGCACUCAUUCUACUUGGCGAACAAAUUGGCGGAUCUACCAAUUCAGAUCGUGGCUGUGACAUUAUAUAUGUUGAUUCUCUAUUUCAUGACUGGACAGAUAGCCGAGGGCCGGAGGUUUCUCCUUCUGUUGACUUGCUACAUUGCCGUUUCACUCGUAGCUCAGCUUAUUGGACUUAUUUGUGGAAUUGUUCUUAGUAUAAAGUAUGGAGUGAUAUUCGGCCCUUUCUUCAUUAUGCCGUUUGUAUUAUUCAGUGGCUUUUUUGUGCAUUUGACUGAUGCUCCCUGGUAUCUUCAGUGGCUCUUCCAUGGUUCAUUCUUGAAAUAUGGGUUUCAGGGUGCCAUGACCUCAAUCUAUGGAUUCGGCCGAGCCAAGAUGCCUUGUAACGAUAUUUACUGCCAUUACACUUAUCCCACCAAAUUAUUAAUGGAUUUUGGGAUGAAAACCGCUGAAUACUGGAUGCCAAUAAUCGUUUUAGUUAUCCUCUACGUAAUUCUCGACUUGACAGCCUACUGCUGUCUCCGAUUAAAACUGAAAAAAAUACUGUAAAGAUGGACAAUAAAUUCCAUAGAAUGUAAGGAUAUAUAUUCCAUUUUGUCUGAAAAACAAAAUAACUCCGGGACACGAGCAGCAGAAAUCUAGUCAAAACGAAAUUUCCAAGUGAAAAACAAUCUUGGAAUCAUCGAAGACAAAUAUUUUUUGUAAACCUCUUGGAAAUUGUAGUUUUUGUAUACUGCCAUUAGACAAUUUUUAUGGAAAAUUAUAUUCUGCCAAAUAAAUUUUUAUACCUCAA